AUGUUUGGUGGUGGUGGUGGUUCUGGUUUUGGUUCUUCAGUUACAGGAUUCGGCCAACCAUCCACGUUUGGGCAAAACACGAAUUCAAUUAAUCGUAAUCCGUUCGCCGUCACGGGGUCACUCAGCCCUGCUACUACGGCGGGAAACCCUCUUGCGGUGUCGUCACCUGCAGGAAAUUCCAUCCUAGGGCAGGCAAGCAACACCUUGGGAUCUUUUGGUACUCCUUCACCUUUUAAUACAUCCAGUGCCAGUGGAUUCUCGGGGGCUUCAACAGGUGUAUUUGGAGGGUUUUCUGGUUUGGGAACUACUGCAAUAAUCCCAAGUGCUGUUAGCAAUCCCUCCGGGUAUGGAUCAGCAUUCGGGCAGCAUUCAGCAGGUGCGUUCGGAGGGAGUUCUCUUUCGGGAACUACAGCAUUUGCCCCUGGAGGUGCUAGCAACGCCUUCGGGUCUGGAUCAGUAUUCGGGCAGAAUUCAACAGGUGUAUUUGGAGGAAGUACUGGUUCGGGAAAUACAGCAUUUGCCCCCAGAUUUGCCCCUGCUGUUACAACCAAUGCCUCCGGGUCUGGAUCAAUAUUUGGGCAGCAUUCAACAGGUGUAUUUGGAGGGAGCUCUGGUUCGGGAACUACAGCAAUCGGCCCCAGUGUUUCUACUAACCCCUUUGGGCAUGGAUCAAUACUCGGGAAGAAUUCAUCAGGUGUAUUUGGAGGGAGUUCUGGUUCGGGAACUACAGCAUUUGCCCCCAGUGUUGCUUCUACUUUGCCAGCCUUUGGAACGAAUUCCUCUUUGUCUACUGGAGCUGUUAGUCCUCCGGUUGGCAGUGGUGCCGCGGGAUCUGGUCCAAAUAAUAGUACAACUCUUGCCCGAGGACCUCAAACUGUAUCACCUUUUACUGACAUUAAGCAUCAAGAAAAUGGAAUGGCAAAAUUUACUCCAACUUAUGUGCCAGGAGAGUCUGGAAAACUGUUGUCCAUUUCUGCCAUGGCCUCUUACCAAGAAAAGAGCCACGAAGAAUUGCGGUUUGAGGAAUAUCAGCGCUCGGUUGAUGAAGGUUUGAAGUCGGCUGCUGCUAGUAUCACCGCCUUGGUGCAAACAUCCAGUGCACCAUCGGCUUUCACUUUUCCAGUUCAAUCAGAACAAUUAACUGGAAAAGGACUUUGGAAUCAGGAUUCUCUAUUUAAACUGCCCCUUCUCAACCCUCCAAAUGGACCACAAACAUCAAAUUCACCAUCGACUUUCACUUUUCCCUCUCAAACAGAACCAUCAACUGGAAAAGGACUUAGGAACCAGCUUCCUCUAUUUAAACCACCUCCUGAACUUGUUGUAGCUCCUCAGAUGACUCAAACAACUCCAGCAAGUAUUCCGCAACAGUUUGAUCAGAGCACCAAUACCAUCACAACCCCUGUUGUUGCUAGCCCGUUUGGUGAGAAAUCUAGCUUUCGGGAUUCCCAGAUCUCCUCAAUGUCGGUGCAACGUGGAAUUUCAAGCAUAUCCAUUUCUGUAAAUCCUACUCCAGUCAGAGUUUCCAAGCUGACUGCUAGGAACUUAACUCUCGGCCGAGUUAGGCUUUCGUUUGGGAAAUACAAGCCAAACAAUGGUGUCCAAAAGGUUCCGUUUUUUGAUGAAAAAUCAUCUGGGAUGUGUAAAGCUACCACUUCCAUUAUGCCAAGGCAAAAUCCAAGGGAUUGGGUUCUAAACCCCAUGGAGGAAGGACCACAGGAAACAAAAUCAAGUAAAUCACCUCCAAUGGAGUCUGAAUUUGAGCCUGGCUCAUCAGCCGAGUGCAAGAUAAACAUCAAAGAAACAUGGGUUGCUUCUGCUGAGGAUGGGGAGUUUCAGGAUACCACAAGGAAACAAACCGAUGAGCUCAUUAUUUACAACGACGUAGAACAGCUAGGGGUUCUUCUGUCGGCGGCGGUGAAUUUUGGUAAUUCUAUGGGCGGCGGCGGCGGCGGCGGGAUGAAGGAACUGGAGUACCUAUCCUUGGUGUCCAAGGUAUGUUCUGAACUAGAGACUCAUCUAGGGGUUGGAGACAGAGUUUUAGGUGAAUUUGUGAUUGAGAUUGGUAGAAACUGUGAAGAUAUAGAUGAGUUUGUUGCCAAACUUAAAAAGGAUGGUGCUGAGAUGCCUGAUUAUCUUGUUCGUACGCUCCUCUCUGUGAUUCACGCCAUUCUACCCGUAAACAAGGCCGGGUCGAAAUCGGGUUUUUCUUCUGCUUUGAAGAUUGCUGAUAGCAGAGAGAGAACGAAGGAUCAAUUGGAGCGAGAAAUUGAUUUGGAAGCUAAGGAGAAGCAGUCCGAACACGAGAGGGAAGCAGAUUUCGGUGAUAGGAAAAAGCAUAGGGAUGGGUAUUAUGGUGGUAGGGAAAAGCAGAGGUCAAGUCGGAGAGAUGAUAAUGAAGAACAGGAGAGGAGGGGCAGUGGUAAUGAUAAUGAUACAGUUACAAGGGGAAGAAAAAAUGAUUUGGUGCGACGCCGUGAGGAUGAUGAGGUGGAAUUGUACAAGGUGUAUAGAGGAAGAGUGUCUAGAGUGAUGAAAACAGGUUGUUUUGUACGGCUAAUUGGGUUUAGGGGGAAGGAGGGAUUGGUACAUGUUUCGCAGAUGGCGGCGAAUUCCAAGGAUGUGGUGAAGACGGAUCAGCAAGUCUAUGUGAAGGUCAUUUCCUUUAACGGGCAGAAGUUGGGCUUGUCGAUGAGGGAUGUCGAUCAGCACACAGGUAAGGAUUUGCUCCCACUAAUAAACCAGAAUAAUGCAGAAGAUUAUGGUUUUCGAGCACAUCCAAGCAGCUGUUAUGGUGUGUCUGCUCCUAGAGGGCUCUCUGGCAUUAGUCUUGCUCGUGUAGAUGAUGAUUCGUUCCCUUCAAGGAGGAGGCGGCGAUUGAGGAGAAUGAGUUCACCCGAGAAAUGGGAGUUGAAGCAGCUCAUUGCUUCAGGUGUUUUGAGUGUUAAAGAUCACCCAAUGUAUGAUGAUCAGGAAAGAGAUGGACUAAUGUACGCGGAGGAGGUGGAAGGUGCCGAGGAGGAGCUAGAGAUUGAGCUGAAUGAAAAUGAGCCGGUUUUCUUGCAAGGUCAGAGUCGAUAUUAUUCAAUUGACAUGUCUCCAGUCAGGAUUUUGAAGAACCCUGAAGGAUCAUUGAGUCGUGCUGCAGCACUUCAAUCGGCUUUGAUAAAAGAAAGAAGAGAAGUAAGUGAACUGCCGCAGAGGACAAUGUUGGAUUCUAUUCCAAAAGAUUUAAACAGGCCAUGGGAAGACCCAAUGCCCGAGACAGGCGAGAGGCGCUUGGCACAGGAGCUGAGACGUGUUGGAUUGUCAGCAUAUGACAUGCCUGAGUGGAAAAAGAAUGCUUACGAAAAAGCUCCUUCUUUUGGGCCAAGAUCCAAACUUUCUAUUAGGGAUCAGAGACAGAGCUUACCCAUUUAUAAGUUAAAGAAUGAGAUAAUUCAGGCUAUUCGUGAUAAUCAGGUUCUUGUUGUUAUCGGUGAGACAGGUUCAGGCAAAACCACACAGCUCACUCAGUAUCUGGCCGAGGCCGGGUAUACGACCAAGGGUAAGAUUGGGUGUACCCAGCCUCGCAGGGUAGCCGUUACAUCUGUGGCUAAGAGGGUUGCCGAGGAGUUUGGUUGUCGUUUGGGUGAAGAGGUUGGGUAUGCCAUCCGGUUUGAGGAGUGCACUGGGCCUGAGACUGUGAUCAAGUAUAUGACCGAUGGCAUGUUGUUGAGGGAGAUUCUGGGUGAUGAGAAUUUGUCUCAAUAUUCAGUGAUCAUGUUGGAUGAGGCUCAUGAGAGGACAAUCCACACCGAUGUGUUGUUUGGACUACUUAAACAACUCGUCAAGCGGAGACCUGACCUUCGGCUGAUAAUCACAUCCGCAACUCUGGAUGCUGAGAAGUUCUCGAGCUAUUUCUUUAACAGCAAUAUAUUUACCAUUCCUGGAAGAACUUUUAAUGUGGAAAUAUUUUACUCAAAGCAAUCAGAAAGCGACUAUGUUGACUCAGCUCUGGAGGUAGUUAUGGAAAUCCACCUGAAAAAACCUAAAGGUGAUAUUCUCCUCUUCUUAACUGGUCAGGAGGAGAUUGAAUACGCAUGUGAGCGUCUCUAUGAGAGGAUGAAAGCACUGGGUAAAGAUGUUCCCGAACUAAUCAUUUUACCAGUUUAUGGUGCCCUUCCAAGUGAGAUACAAACGAGGAUUUUUGAACCUGCUCCACGGGGGAAGAGGAAGGUGGUUGUUGCAACUAACAUUGCUGAGGCUUCACUGACUAUUGAUGGUAUAUUCUACGUCAUCGAUCCUGGAUAUGCGAAGCAAAAUGUUUACAAUCCCAAGCAGGGACUUGACUCCCUCGUUAUAACGCCGAUUUCACAAGCUUCUGCGAAGCAGAGAGCAGGACGAGCUGGGCGUACAGGACCAGGAGAGUGCUACCGCCUGUACACAGAAAGUGCAUUCCACAAUGAAAUGGAGCCAACCACGUCACCCGAAAUUCUCAGGUCAAAUCUGGGGAACAUUGCACUUACCAUGAAAGCCAUGGGGAUCAAUGAUCUCCUGGCCUUUGAUUUCAUGGACCCCCCAUCUCCUCAAGCUCUCAUAUCCGCCAUGAAACAACUGUACACCCUUGGUGCAUUGGACGAAGAAGGGUUACUUACUAAAUUGGGUAGGACAAUGGCAGAAUUCCCCCUUGAACCCCCUCUAUCCAGGAUGCUUCUUGCUAGUGUGGAUCUUGGUUGCAGUGAUGAGAUCUUGACCAUAAUCGCCAUGGUUCAUGCUGGCAAUAUCUUCUACAGACCGAGGGAAAAACAAGGUCAAGCUGAUGAGAAAAAGGCCAAGUUCUGCCAGCCUGAGGGAGAUCACCUUACGUUGCUUGCUGUUUAUGAGGCUUGGAAGGCAAACAACUUUUCUGCGCCGUGGUGUUUUGAAAACUAUGUUCAGUCGCGGUCGUUGAGGAAGGCUCAGGACGCGAGGAAGCAACUUGUGUCCAUUAUGGACAAGUACAGGUUGGAUGUCGUCAGCGCUGGCAAGGAUUUUACGAAGAUAAGGAAGGCCAUUACUGCCGGAUUCUUCUUCCACGCUGCCAGGAAGGAUCCGCAAGAGGGUUAUAGGACUCUUGUGGAGAACCAGCCGGUGUAUAUUUAUCCCGGAAGCAGUCUGUUCCAACGGCAGCCGGACUGGGUUAUAUAUCACGAGUUGCUCAUGACCACCAAAGAGUACAUGCAUGAAGUCACCGUGAUAGAUCCCAAGUGGCUGGUUGAGUUAGCCCCAAGAUUCUUCAAGGCGUCUGAUCCAACACAACUGAGCAAACGCAAGAGACAGCAACGCAUUGAGCCACUCUUGGAUGGCCUUCCUCGUCCUGCUGAUGCUGAUAAAUCCAAGAUAUCUACUGAUGAUGAAGGGAAUGGUCCCGAAGUUCAUCAAGAUCCCAACUUUCUCAGCUUAGAUGGCCUUCCUCGUCCUGAUGAUGCUGAUAAGUCCAAGAUAUCUACUGAUCUUGGCGUUAACCUUUCAUUUCAACCAUUGACUGUUGCUGCUCAAUCAACAACCCUUGAUGAAGAUUCUCUUGCCCCCUUCUCUGUCAGAACGUUCUAUGGGCCAGGAGGCAAACCACUGUUCCACGUUAAAGCUUACCGCAAAGUCCGCGACGGUCUGAGAAUUUUGCAGGCAACGUAUGGUUCGUCGGAUGAAGAGAGCGAAAGCGAAGUUGCAGAGUCCAAUUUCUGGGGGUUCCUGUCACCAGAAGACCGAGACCGGGAGUACGACUUGGAGCCCAAUGAAUUCUGGGUGCAACCGCCACCAUCCCCAAUCAAUCCCAGAAGGAGCUUUUUUAAGAGAAGCCGCCCUAUUUUUGUGCGGGAGGGAAAGGAGCUGGUUCGUUCUCUGUGGAGAAGUAGAAGUAUUACUAGAAACUCCAAUGAACGUGUAGAUUACAAGAGAUAAAUGCCUUUUGAAAAUGCCAACAGACCAAAUCCUUGUUACAACUAUGAUCUCAGAAAUUCUGUCCUGGCGCUUCUUGAAGCCCUAUUACAUUGCCAUUAGGAAUCCAUUUUUUGCCAAAUCCUCCCCCGGAUUUGGAACAUGUAAUUAGGCAAGAUAGUAUAGGCAUCACCUAAGAGUGAUCUUUUGUAACCAAGCCAAUUAUGGCAAACUAUGAUCUCAGAAAUUAGCCCUAUUACAUUGCUUAGUGAUAAGAUUACAUACAUAUACAGUACUUCACUUCUACUGUGGUUGUCCAUGAAACAUACUAAUCC